AUGUUUUCCAGCGUGGUCAAGUCCAUAUCAUCGACCAACAUCUCGUCCAACUACACCAUCUCCCCCACCGUCACGUCGACGGCUGGCCCCUGGAAGAUAUACAGUGCCAAGAAGAAGUCGACGGGCAAGGAUGUUUCAGUCUUCGUCUUUGACAGGAAGUCGCUCGAUGCCCACAGCAGCGGCCUGGGCCGGUCCGGCGCCGCCGCCUUCAAGAAGGUUGUCGAGGGCGUUAUCGAGAGGCUCGAGAAGGAGGCCGCGUCGCUAGCCAGGCUCCGCCAUCCCAACGUCCUGGAGCUUGUCGAGCCCGUCGAGAAAACCCGAGGCGGCGGCCUGCAGUUUGCCACCGAGGCCGUCACCGCCUCGCUCGCCAGCCUGCUGGAGGAGAAGGACGAGCAAGAAAAGGGCGGCGGCGUCGGCGGCCGCUCCAGCCGCUGGGUCACUGAAGAUGCCGACGGCACCCGGCGGCGGCGCGAGCUCGAGAUUGACGAGCUCGAGAUCCAGAAGGGCCUGCUCCAAAUCAGCAAGGCCCUGGAGUUCCUACACGAGACGGCCGGGCUCGUCCACGGCAACCUCACGCCCGACGCUAUCCUCAUUAAUGCCAAGUCGGACUGGAAGAUUAGCGGCCUGUCCUUCUGCGGCCCGGCCGAGAAUUCGUCGGCGACAACAUCGGUGCAGCCCAUCGACCUCGUAGACGUCUUGCACCUCGACCCCAGGCUGCCCCGGUCUGUCCAGCUUAAUCUAGACUAUACCUCGCCGGAUUUUGUCUUGGACAGUAAUCUCACUUCCUCGGCCGACAUGUUCUCGCUAGGACUUCUCUGCGUAGCCCUGUAUAACUCUCCGCACCGGUCGCCGAUAGAGUGCAACUCAAGUGUGUCCAACUACAAGAGACUGUUCCAGAACUCGCAGGGCGUGCCGUCCUCGACCAACAACUUCCUUUCCUCCCGCCCCCUCCCCAAAGAAUUAGCAACCCAGGUCCUUCCGCGGCUUAUAACUCGCAGACCAGCCCAGCGCAUGACGGCCAAGGAGUUCCAACAGAGCGAGUACUUUGACAAUAUACUCAUCUCAACGAUUCGCUUUCUGGACGCCUUCCCAGCCAAAACACCCAACGAGAAGUCGCAGUUUCUCAGGGGGCUUAUCAAGGUCCUGCCGUCGUUUCCCAAGUCUGUGAUGGAGAAAAAGGUUCUCCCCGCCCUAUUAGAUGAGUUAAAAGAUAGGGAACUGCUCUCCCUCAUACUCCAUAACGUCUUCAAGAUAAUAGAGCUGUUGCCCUCUGGAAAGAGAGCCUUUGGGGACAGAGUACGGCCCAGUCUUAAGGAGAUAUUUGUCACAAACGCAAAACAGACACAAGAGAAAGACGCGGCAAGGGACGCAGGUCUGAUGAUUAUCCUCGAGCAGCUGGGCGUCAUAGCUAACAACUGCUCGGGGAAGGAAUUCAAAGACGAUAUCCUGCCCAUAAUCUUUGCAUCCUUGGAGUCGCCAACACCAACGCUUGUUGAUGCUGCACUGAGGAGUCUACCAACAAUAUUGUCUGUGCUAGACUUUAGCACCAUCAAGAACGAGCUGUUCCCAGUUAUUGCGACAAUAUUUAGCAAAACAAACAGUCUAGCAAUCAAAGUCAGAGGCUUACAAGCCUUUGUAACUCUGUGCGGCGGAUCUAGCGACCCGAACAGCGACGAUGGGCUGGACGGGUUUGGGUCCGACAAGAAGAGGACGUCUUCGUCUAGCGUCCUCGACAAGUUCACUAUGCAGGAAAAGAUUGUGCCUCUCGUCAAGGGGAUCAAGACCAAGGAGCCGGCGGUUAUGAUUGCCGCCCUCAAUGUCUUGAAGGUUGUGGGCAAAAUCGCAGAUGCAGACUUCGUGGCCAUGGAUAUUCUUCCCAUCCUGUGGAGCAUGAGUCUAGGGCCGCUACUAGAUCUCAAGCAGUUCCAGGGGUUCAUGGAUCUUAUCAAGACCUUGUCAAGAAGAGUCGAGGAUGAGCAGACCAAAAAGUUGCAGGAGCUGUCGGGCGGCGGCAACGGCGCUCUGGCUGGGGCGGGCGAGGAUUUUAUGUCUUUUGGCGCCAUAGCCGGCUCGUCACUGGAUGCGAACGGCGAUACCGUGGACGACUUCGAGCUCUUGGUCAAGGGCAAGUCGAGCGGAUCGGGUGGUGGCAACCCUCUCGACUCUGGGUGGGACAAUAUGACUUCUAACAUACCCAGUGCCUCUGUCGCGUCUUCUAAUCCGAGGGCUGGGAGACCCGCGGCACCUGCGCCGGCCCCGGCAGCAACAACACCCGCCUUCUCUUGGUCAUCUUCUGGGCAAGCGCCUUCGGCAGCCCCGGCGACGUCCAACGCCGGACCGUUUGGCGCUGUUCGGGCCCAACAGUCCAGCUUCAGGACUGUCACCCCGGAUCUAGCCCGCUUCGAGACUCUCACGCCGACGGCAACACAGUUCUCUCAGCCGCUGCAGCCAACCCCUAGCAGUAGCAUAGCGUCGCCGCCGCUAGCACCUCCGAGCACAUCCAUAAACUGGGGCACGUCAUCUUCAGCUCUCAGCAGCAACCCUUGGUCGUCGCCCUCGUCGCCGCAGCAGCCGCCGAUAUCUUCGUUCGGCUCCAUGUCCCUCAGCCUGCCGCCAUCUCUGUCAGCGGCGCACCAACCGUCCCUCUUCACCUCGUCCUCCAUUGCGCUUUCCCCGCCACCCGCUGGCACGUCCACGCCGGCAUCCGCCUUCAGCCUCGCACCGCCGCCUGGAGCCCCUUCACAGCGCCCGCAGCCGCAAACAACUAAUUCCUCAUCCUCCCUUGGCGGCAUGGGCAUGGGCAUGUUCAUGAUGAACAUGAACUCGAUGGGGUCGUCGUCAUCGUCCAUCGGCGCCGCCGCCGCAAAUCGGAUGAUGGGGUCCAAUGCCGGCACAGGCAUGGGCAUGGGUAUGGGAAUGGCUACUAUGAGGAACAUGGGUGGCGGCGGCGGCAGCGGUGGUGGUGGUAAUACUAAUAGCAUGGGCAUGAGCAUGAACAGCAUGGGCAACAUGAUGAACCUGGGCGGCAGCAGCAGUCUCAGUUCUGGGAUGGGAAUGGCUAUGGGCAUGGCCCAGCAGCAGCAGCAGCAGCAGCAGCAGACGCCUGCUCAGCCGCAAAAGUCGGGGUUGGAUAAAUACCAGAGCUUAUUAUGA